CGUGUCACGUGCAGAUUCGGGGGUCACGUGUAGGUGACGUCACGGUCACGUGCCCCCGCCAUGCUGUCGCGGCUGCUGAAGGAGCAUCAGGCCCGGCAGAGCGAGCGGCGCGAGCUGCAGGAGCGGCGCCGAAGGGACGCGAUCGCGGCCGCCACGCGCCUCACAGAGGCCCUGGUCGAUCACCUCAACGUGGGGGUGGCCCAGGCCUAUGUGAACCAGCGCAAACUGGACCAGGAGGUGAAGACCCUGCAGGUGCAGGCGGCCCAGUUUGCCCGGCAGACGGGGCACUGGAUCUCCAUGGUGGAGAACUUCAACCAGGCCCUCAAGGAGAUCGGUGACGUGGAGAACUGGGCGCGGAGCAUCGAGAUGGACAUGAGGACCAUCGCCACCGCCCUCGAGUACGUCUACAAGGGGCAGCUCCAGCCCUCCUCCUGCUCCUGAGGGACCCCCGGGACCCCCAGCACCGCGGCUGCUCCCGGCACAGGACGGGGGUCCUGCAGCAGCAGCUCCUGGAGCGUCCCCGGGACCCCCCGCCCUGGGAGUGGGUGGAAUAAAGUGUGGGGAGCU